CCGCCUUUCUUCCGCUUUCGUCACCGCCGCGCUGUGCUGAACCGGGCUGGCUGCGGAGCCACGUGUGCUGCCGCAUGGAGCUGGUAGCUGGGUGCUACGAGCAGGUCCUUUUUGGGUUCACUGUACACCCGGAGCCCGAGGCGAGCGGCGCCCACGAGAAAUGGACUUCCGAGGCCGACUUCACUCACCACGCGCACACUGCCUCCCUCUCAGCCAUAGCUGUCAGUAGCCGCUUUGUAGUCACUGGGAGCAAAGAUGAAACCAUUCAUAUUUAUGACAUGACAAAGAAGAUAGACCAUGGGGCCCUAGUGCAUCACAAUGGCACAAUAACUUGCCUAAAAUUCCACGGCAACAGACACUUAAUCAGCGGGGCAGAGGAUGGCCUCAUUUGUGUCUGGGAUGCAAAGAAAUGGGAGUGCCUAAAGUCAAUUAAAGCUCACAAAGGACAUGUGACCUUCCUUUCCAUUCACCCAUCUGGCAAGUUGGCCCUGUCUGUGGGUACAGAUAAGACAUUAAGAACAUGGAACCUUGUGGAAGGCAGAUCGGCAUUCGUAAAAAACAUAAAACAAAAUGCUCACAUAGUGGAAUGGUCCCCUCGGGGAGAGAAAUACGUAGUUGUCAUACUGAACAGAAUAGAUGUCUAUCAGCUUGACACCGCAUCCGUCAGCGGCACCAUCACAAGUGAAAAGAGAGUAUCUUCUGUCACAUUUCUUUCAGAAUCUGUCCUUGCAGUGGCUGGAGAUGAAGAGGUUGUAAGGUUUUUUGACUGUGAUUCACUAAUGUGCCUCUCUGAAUUUAAAGCGCAUGAAAACAGGGUUAAAGACAUGUGCAGUUUUGAAACUCCAGAGCAUCAUGUUAUUGUUACAGCAUCGAGUGAUGGUUUCAUCAAAAUGUGGAAGCUUAAAGAGGACAAGAAAGCUUCCCCGUCUCUAUUGUGUGAAGUAAACACUAACGCCAGGCUGACAUGUCUUGGAGUGUGGCUGGACAGAAUGACAGACAGGAAAGAAAGCCUGCCUCCAGCUGCAGAGCCUCCUGUAAGUAAAGAAGAGUCCAGAAGCAAUCAAGAGGAAUCUGGCCAUGCGGUCCAGGAGGAAGAAAGGCAGCCAGAACCUGACACAAAGAAACGUGGUUUAACUGGUGACAGGACUAAGCCAACGAAAGGAAAAGGCUUGGGGUCAGCCAAGAAAAGGAAAAUGGUAGAAAUGUUGGAAAAAAAGAAGAAGAAAAAGAAGAAAAUACAAAUGACACAGUGAAUCCCAGAUUUCUCCUAAGAGAAAAGCUUUUUCAAAUGUACUUUUUUUUUUUUCCUGAGUAAAAGCUAGGAAUUUCUUCUUUUGAAGAAAAUGUACAGCUUAAAAAUCACUUUCAUGUUUUUUUUUAAACAAUGGUAAAACUUUUUGAUAGGCAGUAUUUUAUUAAUUAUAUAUCACGAUAUAUAGUAGUUAACGUGUAAUAUAUAAUUUUUACUGUUGUAUAAAGCAAAUAAAACCUUUCUCACAAUAUUGUAGCUUAAAAUAAUACAAAAUCUUGAACACAUUUCUUUACUGGAAGUGAAUAAAGGAGUUGUUUUUCAGAUUUUUCUCCUAAGUGGGGGGAGAAUGAAACACCUGCAUUACUUUGGCUUCUUCAAAUGGUUCUACUAAUUUUAAUGAGGAUUUUGUUCAUUUUGGUAACAAAAGUUAUGAAAAGAUUUUCAUACCAGGAAGUAUGUUAAGAUAAACUUAAAAAUUACAAAUAUAUAAAAUAAAAUAUGUAUGUACAACGUGUAUGCUUAAGUUAAGGGCUGCGUACAUAAGAGUUGAAGAGGGGCUGCCAGACUUCAUUAAACUAUUCCGUUUCCAAGCAGUGGGUGACAGGGUAACGUAAAGACAGGAAAAUGACAUUUCCAUUUUUCUUUUUCUUUAUAUGUUUCAGACCAUCAAAAAAAAAAAUCACUUAGCUAAUCUUCUGACAAAGGUAGUCUUAAAACUAGCUGUUGAUUAUAAUCUUAUUGAUUAUAUUCAGUGAUCGAUAAUCCAUUGAUUAUAAUCUGUGUCUCUUACUUGAAAAAUUAAACCAUUUUCCUCACUGGACGUUUUGAAGAGCCACAGUAGUAGAGGAUUCAUAGGUCUGACUUAGCUCAAAAGAUGUUAAAUCCCCGAGGCCACCGGGAGACUGCCCCCGGAAAGGGCAAAAUGAGGGUCUUAACACCUGUACACUGAAGUGCCCUUCACUUCACAGGAGGAAAUCAUCUAGGAGGUGAAGCAGGCUUAUGUGUCUGACAUUUCCAUCCACCUCUUAGUUAUCUUACUUCAGGCCUGUAAACAAAGAUAAAUACAGGUUUGGGUUGUGUGUUUUCGAGACUUUACUUUUUUAUAGCUGUUUGGCGUUUAUAAGAAUAUUGAGAGCAGGGACAUUGCCCACUCUGUGUGCCAUUCAUCUCUCCCCAUCCCCACCACCGAUAAUCACUGGGCUUUUCAUCAUCUCCAUAGUUUUGCCUUUUCCACAACAUCAUAUAGUUAGAAUUAUACAACAUCGUAGCCUUUUCAGAUUGGCUUCUCUCACUUACUAACGUGCAUUUAAGCUUCCUCUGUCUUCUCGUGGCUUGAUAGUUCAUCAUUGGAUGGACCACAGUGUCCCAUUCACCUGCUAGAGGACAUCUUGGCUGCCUUCACGUGUUGGCAAUUACGAAUAAAAUU